AUGACGGGGGACGUGGCGGAGCUAGUGGAGCAGUACAAGUGCGAGUUGGCGGAGUUAACGUUCAACAGCAAGCCCAUCAUCACCAACCUCACCAUCAUCGCCGGGGAGAACGCGCAUGCGGCCAAGGCCAUCGCGAAUACCAUCUGCCAGCAUAUAAUCGAGGUGCCGCCAGAUCAGAAGCUGCCGGUGCUCUACCUGCUGGAUAGCAUCGUCAAGAACGAGGGGGGACCCUACAUUGACGUCUUCGCUGCUCGUUUGCCCGAGGUAUUCUGCCGCGCCUAUGACCAGGUGGAUGGGGCAAUCAAGCCGCAGAUGCGCCACCUCUUCGACACCUGGCGCUCCGUCUUCCCCCACCAGCCCCUCCGCGCGAUCGAGCUGCGCCUGCGCUUUCCCCCACCCCCUUCCGCCGGCGGGAAGGCCCCUCCCCCAGGCAUUCCGCCUGGCCCCAUGCACGGGGGGCAUCCCUCAGGGCCUCCGCACCAAGGAGUUGGCGGUGGCGCGGGGAGAGGGGGAGGUGUUCCGCCUAACCACGCGCAUCAUCCCCAUCACGGGCAUCCGGGCAUGGGUUCCCCGCACCUUCCCCCCUCCACCCCCGCGCACGCUAGGGCGCAUGCUGGGGGGCCCGCGGGCAGGGCGGGAGGCGGGGCGGGUGGCGGAGGAGCGGACGGUGGGGGGGGGAUACCGUUGGAUUCGCCUGGUUCGGGGAGAAUACAUGGUUUGGUCGCUAGACGAGCGGCCGCCGCAGCCGCAGCAGGUAUAGCGACGCAGCAGCGGCCCGGUGCCACCCCGCGAGCAGGCAACGGCACGUUACAGCAGCGCCGCGCAGCUGCGGCGGCGGCGGCGGGUAAGGGGUCGGACGGGCGCGCAGCAGAGUGGGGAGUGACAGCUUCCGCGGGUAGGGCCGCGGGGGCUGGCGCCGCCACGUCUACCUCCUCCUCUUCCGCCUCCGCUGCUAAUGGAGGCGCGGGGGGGAGGGCAGGGGGAGGGGCGGUAGCCAGAGCGCGGGAGAGGGAGAGAGUCGCAGGUGGGAGGGUAGGGGCUGCGGCGGGGAGGGGUGGGCGGGGGGCGCGGGGGGCAGCUGUUGCGGGUAGAGGCGCGGGCAGAGCAACGGGUUUGGGUUCCCACCCUGCUCGCGCUUCUGCUGCUGCUGCUGCAGCGACUGCAGCAGCGGCGGCUGCUAUGGGAAAGCUGAAAGGAGCGAGAAGGGCUGGGGGUAUGGGGAGCGUCCCUGCUGCCGUUCCUCCCCCUCCUCCUCCUAUGGGCCGCGGGCGUGGGGCUCCGCCAAUGAGGCAACGCCACGUGCAGCCAGCUGUAGAGAUGUAUGAAGAGGAGGUAGAGGCACCGCGGUAUAGGGGGCCGUAUGGAGGGUAUGGGGUAGAGGCUGAGCAAGAGAGGGAAGAGGAGGAGGAGGAGGAGGAAGCAGAAGCGGAGGAGGAGGCGGAGGAGGAAGAGGAUGAGUUGGUGGGUCCUGCGGUGGAAUAUGAUGGGAUGGAAGGGAGUGAGGGGGUGGUGGAUGGCGGGGGGGAUGAUGGAGGGUGGCUGGAUAGACGAGUAGCUGUGGAUGACGAGGAUGAGGAGGAGGAAGAGCAGGAGGAGGAGAAUGGGGACGAUGCGUUUGCAGGAGGCAUGGCAGACACUUUUCCAUGUCCUUUUCUUUUCCUUAUCCCACUCAUCUCCUCUCCCUCCCUUGGCUUCUCCCUUUCGCUGCUCUGCUCCCCCUCGCCUGCGCUCCUCUCUCCUUGCAACUCUCGCUGCUCCUCUGCAGGAAUGCAUCAGUUCGCCCCUCCCCCUCGCCCCGCUCGACCAACCACGGACCGCUACCAACGUCCCGCUGCCGCUUCUGCUGCUGCUGCCACCGGUGCUGCUCGGGGUCGCGGAGCCGCAGCAGCAGCAGCUGCAGCAGCUGAUUCAAAACCAGUUGUCCGGGCUCGGCCUGCCAGAGUGCUGCGUGCUGCACACGCAGCAGCAGCAGCCGGUGGUGCUGGUGGUAUGGGUGGUGGUGGGGGAGCGGGCGAGCGGGUGAGCAGCACGCAUUUUCAGUGGAAGGAGGUGACGGAAGUGGUGCCUGCUUCUAUGGUGGGUCGACAGCAGCAGCAGCAGCUUCGGACACGGGAGCAUGCAAUGAUGGAUGAUGAGGGGCUCCCUAUCCACCCGCGCUCUGCCCUCCGCCGCCCGCGCCCACCCAGCGACUCCUUCCCCCUGCACCCAGACGCGCCAGGCCCCUCCCACGCCUCCCUGCUCCGCUCACGCCUCCAGCACCACCCAGCAGCAGCAGCCCCUAUGGCAGCAGCAGCAGACACGUGGCCUAUACCAGGAGCAGGGGCAGGGGCAGGGGUAGGGGCAGGCGUGCCAGUGUCAGCAGCGAUAGCAGCAGCCAGGGCGGCAGCAGCAGCAGCAAGAGUGGUAGACCUAGGCCCGGAUCUGCCAGACGUAGACGUGCACGAUCUCUUGCCGCUCCCUCGCUCCUCUGCACCCCCUUCUGCUGUCCCAGGUGCUCCUUAUCACAGCAUACCACCGUCUCUCCCUCCUGCAUCGUCUGCUGCUGCUGCUGAUAGAGGGUACCGUAUGGGGGAGGGGAUGGAAGCGGAAAUGCCUGGUGCGGGUCCGCUGCAUGCUGGGUUAGCGCCAGAUGCGGCGCUUCCGUUCUCGUCUCAGCAGCUCACGUCGCUACUGCAGCAGGUAGGAGCAGCGGUUGGGAACCUACCAGGAAUCCAACCAUCAUCUUCAGCAGCAGGAGUAGCAGCAGCACCGCCGCUCCCUCCUGCUACCGCUCCACGCCUACCCUCCCCCACUCCUCCUCUCGGCCCUCCUCUCCCCAGCCUUCCGCCUCUCCCCCCGCACGCUCCCCCGUCGGCGUCACCAGCCCAUCCCUCCACCCUCUUAUCAUCUCUCGCCGCGUCUGUUUCUGCUGCUUCUGCCCGCCUGCCCCCCUCUCCUCCUUCACCUGCAGCAGCGGUGCCUCCUCUACCUGCAAACCUCCCAGCUGCCUUAUCGUCGCUGCUCGCCCCUGCAGGAGCGACUUACCCUGCUGCCUUUGGAGCUCCUGAUGAGUAUGGCAGAGAUGGUGGUGCGGCGGUGGGAGGGGCCCCUAUGGCUGGAUUUGCGGGUGGUGGUGGUGAUGGUGGUGGGGGUGGGGCUGGUGGGGGAGGAGGCGGCGGAGGAGGAGGAGGAGGAGGAGGAGGAGGAGGAGGAGGAGGAGGAGGAGGAGGAGGAGGAGGAGGAGGAGGAGGUGCAGGGUUGUCAAACCUUUUAUCCUCGCUUCUCACACAAGGCGUUUUGAACAUGGGAGCUGGAGCAGCAGCAGCUGGAGCGCCUUCCAUGCCUGCAUCGUUCACUCCUCCUCUUCCUCCCCUCCCCCCCUCAGCACCCCCUCCCUCCCUCGCGCCCUCGCACCCUGAACCCUUCGAUCGUGUCCCCACCCCUCCCCUGCCCACUCAACCCCAUCCCCCAUUCCCACCACAAGCGCCACCUCCCUCCACUCAACCCCCCCAGCACUCUGCGUCGCCCCACCCCCCUUUCCCCCAUCCGCACCCCCCUCCUCCUCUGCCUCCUCUGCCCCUGCAAGACCUCCCUCCUCCCUUGCUGAUCAUCUCGCAUGGAGCGUUAGCCGCGGUGGGGCGAGAGAUAAAGCAGGAGGUGCUGAGAUCAAGACAUGAGGCGGUGGUAUCGGCGCUUUAUUUCGACUUUCCCCGCCAGUGCGCCACAUGCGGACGAAGGUUUGCCGACCAGGAGGAGUACGGGCGGCACCUGGACGGUCACUUUCUGAAGCGGAAGCGGCUGAAGCAGCAGAAGGCACAGUCACGCAUGUGGUAUGUGUCGACGCGUGAUUGGCUGUCAGAAUCCACGGCAGCUGCUGCUGCUGCCGCUCCUGGUGAAAGUGGGGGGAUGGGAGGGGGGGUGGGUGGUGGUUUGGGGGGAGGGGUGGGUGGAGGUGCCGGGGAGAUUGGGUCAGGAAGAGAGGGAGAUGGAGGAGGAAGAGGAGGAGGAGUAGGAGGGGUUGCUGCUGCUGGUGCUGCUUCUGGUGGUGCUGAUGCUGAUGGUAUGUCUGGUGUUUCUGCUUCUACUGUGGCUGGCGGUGGGGCAACGGAUAGAGGAGGGAUGGGAACGGGGAUUGGAGAUGGAGGCGCAGCAGGAAGAGAGGGUGGAGGUGGGGGCGGAGGAGGAGGAGGAGGAGGAGGAGGAGUGGUAGCAAGUGGUGAGGCAGGAGGAGCGGUGGGAGAUGGAGACGGGGCGAAUUUAGCUGUUCCCGCAGAGGAUGAGGCGGAUGACUGGUGUGCUCUGUGCGGGGAGAAAUUUGACGUGUUCUUUGAUCCAGAGGAGGAUGAGUGGAUGUACAGGGGUGCAGUGGUGGAGAGUGCGGUGGGAAGCGGUGGCGUCGCUGGGACUGGGCAAGUUGAUUCGGAGAAAUGCCGCCGUCGCGUUGUGCAUGCGACAUGUCGAGAUGCAAGCACAUGCAGAGGUGCUUCUGACGGUAAUCGCAACAAGCGCCUUCGAGUGGAGUGA